AUGAGAGCACUCGUUCUCCUCAGUCUUCUUUUCACGGUUUGCGUGAGCGCCGGUCUAGUCGACCUGAAAAAUUCUGCUGAAAGUAUCAAAGGUCUUAUCAAGGAAAGAGUGGUCGACAAGAUUAAAAAUACUGCACACCGCAUUAAAGAGGUCCUCAACAAUAACAUGGCUGCUUUCAAAAAAAGGCUCAGUGGCUUCAAAGAUAAGAUAUUGAAGAAGCUCACCUUGACCAAGGAGCAAAGAGCGGAGCUUUUAGAAAGACUGAAGUUGGUCAAAAGAAGGUCUACUGAUAAAGUGCAACCAAUGGGAGACUCGAUUGAAGAAGUGAACCUACAGAACCAUAUUGCCGGCGCUCUAUUUCAAGGAGAUAUGGUUCUUACGAAGUCAUGUUCAGGGAACAAGAAGACCAAAUUAUCGAAGAUAUCACCAACGACGGUACCCGCGCUAGGAGGCAAGCUCUUCGAGACCCACAAGUACCCUGGUAUGAGAUGGCAUGAAGGUGUCAAAUACUUCUUCGAUUCAAGUGCCAGUCCACAAGUAAAAAGUGUCUUCAAGAAAGCGGCAGCCCAAUGGAUGGCUGACACUUGCAUCGAUUUCAAAGAAGACGAAUCCGCAGAGGAUAGCAUUCGUGUGUACAUGGAGGACGGAUGUUGGUCGUUUGUCGGCAGACUCGGAGGCAUACAGAACCUUUCACUUGGCAAAGGCUGUGAAACGGUGAGGGCUAAAAACCCUGACACUCAGUGA